AAAUCUCCCAAACAUUGUCUCCUUCAAUCUCGCCUAAACACUACAAUCCAACAACUGAGCCAACCACAGCGAAGCUUGCUUUUGAUUUUUGAUAAGAUGGCGAGUAUUAGCAACGAGCCAGAGCGUGAGCACAGAGACGAGGAAGAGUCCGGAGCCAACGAAGAUGAAGACACCGGGGCUCAGGUUGCUCCGAUCGUCAGGCUUGAAGAAGUCGCUGUCACCACCGGUGAAGAAGACGAAGACACCCUCCUUGAUCUGAAAUCGAAGUUGUAUAGGUUCGACAAAGAUGGGAGUCAGUGGAAGGAGAGAGGAGCUGGUACUGUUAAGUUCUUAAAACACAGAGAUUCUGGAAAGAUUCGUCUUGUUAUGAGGCAAUCGAAAACUCUGAAGAUCUGUGCUAAUCAUCUCGUUCGAUCGGGCAUGAGUGUUCAGGAACACGCUGGGAAUGAUAAGUCUUGUGUAUGGCACGCUCGUGACUUUUCUGAUGGGGAAUUGAAGGAUGAGCUUUUCUGUAUCCGGUUUGCCUCAGUCGAGAACUGCAAAGCAUUUAUGCAAAAGUUCAAGGAAGUAGCUGAAUCUGAAGAAGAGAAAGAAGAGAGCAAAGACGCCUCUGACACCGCUGGUCUUCUUGAGAAAUUAACAGUGGAAGAGAAAGAAACCGAAGAGAAAGCAGUGGAGAAAACAGAGGGAAAGGAGGAAAACAAAAAGAGUGAAGCCGUUGAAGACAAGAAAACCGAGGAGUCUGUUCCGUCGACUUAAGAUGCAUGGCAUGGUCACAGGUAAUCGAUGAUAGCCUGAAUCCAUCGAAGGAAGACUUGCUUUUUUAUUUUAAAUUGAUACAUGUUUUGAGAGUCAGUGUCACAGGUGACAUUUGCAAAUUGCGAGAUUGAUUUUGUGCGUUGUUUUGGUUUCAUUGUCUGGAGAAAACAAGAAAAGAAAAA